AGAAGGUGAAACUCAUGUUUAGACCGGACUAAUAUCCAAAAGCUCUUCUACUGUUCACGAUCAAGUGAUCAUAAUUAAAAAUACACGCAGUGAUUCAGUGCUGUUAACUGUGAAGGAACCUAUACCACGGAGCACUGAUGAGAAAAUUAAGAUACGACUUAUCAACCCAACAGUACCUGCAGCGGAUGAAGCUAUUACCAACAAUUUAGAAGACCUGACGAUAGCAGCAGAGCCUCCUAAGGAGGGAGCGAAAAUGAAUGGUAGUAAUCUAGAAUGGACAAUUUCAAUACUUGCUGGAAUGGCGAGCGAACUUCAUGUGAAAUGGGCUGCCGACCAUCCAGCAAACGAAAUUGUGCACUUCGUCGAGCGUCACUAA